UUAUAAACGGCACCCGCAUUCCCAGCCUGUGCGCGCUCCUCUGUGUGAGGUCCCGAUCAUGUCAUCACUGAUUGGCCAAUCAGUGAUCACCGAUCGCUGUACAGGACCUCUGUGCGAGGUCCCGAUCAUGUGUUCACUGAUUGGCCAAUCAGUGAUCACAUGCAGUGUAGUAAGCAAGAUGUCCCUUCUGACAUCAUUGCUUACUACAUGUGAAAUCUGUGAAUGAUCAUAGAGGUCACAUGGUACAAAGCUAUUCACAACAGCCUUGUACCAUGUGACAAGCUGUGACCAAUCACAGCUCAC